ACUCGGGAGAGGCAGAGGACAACGGGCAGUCUCCUGGCCCCUCAGAGCCUUUCCUCCUGUCCCCAAGCCUUUCCUCUUGCCUUGCAGCUCCAGAAGCAGCUGUCAGAACUUGAUGAGGACGACCUGUGUUACGAGUUCCGGCGAGAACGUUUCACCGUCCACCGCACCCACCUGUACUUCCUGCACUAUGAGUAUGAGCCCGCUGCUGACAACACGGACGUCACUCUGGUUGCUCAGCUCUCCAUGGACAGACUCCAGAUGCUUGAGGCCAUCUGCAAACACUGGGAAGGGCCCAUCAGCCUGGCCCUUUACCUGUCGGACGCUGAGGCCCAGCAGUUCCUCCGUUAUGCCCAGGGCUCCGAGGUGCUCAUGAGCCGUCACAAUGUGGGCUACCACAUCGUGUACAAGGAGGGCCAGUUCUACCCUGUGAACCUCCUGCGCAACGUGGCCAUGAAACACAUCGGCACUCCCUAUAUGUUCCUGUCGGACAUCGACUUCCUGCCCAUGUACGGGCUCUAUGAGUACCUCAGGUAAGGACCCCGGGGACCCAAAUACUGCUGUUCUUCAAGCUGGAAGGCACAGUCAUGUGGUACCAGACAAGAAGCCCCUCAGGACCACCCUGUAGACCAACACUUUUCGUGUAUAAUGGGGCAGCCAAGACCUAGAAAGGAGAAAGGACGUCCCAAGUCUACCCAGAGGCAGAGCUCCUGCCCUCAUGCUGGGAAGUUGUGGUAGGCGAUCCUGAUGAACGGACUGUGCUCUAGGAAACACCCUUUAGUCUUCUAGUCACAGCAUCUAUGAAAACAUACCAUCCCUCUUCCAAACCUGGAACAGACAGACUUCCUGUAACCGUUUGGAAAAGACCACUGGCUAUACUUUGAAACAAAUCAAAGUAAGAACUUGCCUAACCUGUAUUGAAGUACUUGCUGUGUGCCAGAAACUUCUGAAUGCUUGACAAGCAGAAUUCUAUUCCCUCCCCACACAUUCGCUGCCAAGGAUCAUAUUGUUGUCUUCAUUUUCCAAAUGGAAAGUGGCAGGAAAGGGACAUGAAGCUGCUGGGCCAAGUCAUAGACUAGUGAAAGGAGAGCUGGGGUCAGACAUAGCCUGUCCCAACUCCAGAUCCAAGUGUCCAAUCACCUGAGACUGUCUCUGUGGACCUCCAUUGUCCUGUAACUCUCUCUGCAGGGGCUGGCGAAAGCAUUCCACUGACGGAAGGCAGGAUGGUUGUAUUGGG